AUCCGAGCUCGGAUACCUGCUACACAUGCCUCUGCUCCUGGACGCCUUGGAAACGUAUGCUAAACGUUCUUAAAGGCCGGGUGUACAGCCAGCUCGGUACAUCUCUUCGAGCCUGCGGAACUUCUGCAGUCAGAAGGAAUAUAGAUACUUCAAACAUUAUCCACCUGGCCACAAGGCAGUCACGUAAGAUGUCCAGGCAAAAUCUCCGGGACUUUGUUCGCGUCAACGACCUGCUGCUUCACGUUCCACUGCAAGAUGGGUCGCGUUGGCCAUCUCCUCGGGACCCGCAACCGCAGCCCGUGCUUCUCAGUGUAUCCGUACUGCACGACACGAGUAAAGCGGCGCAAGAUGAUGAUAUCAAGAGCACCAUCGACUACGACUCCCUGUCAACACUCCUGAUGUCCAAGUACAAUCAGAGUAGCGUUGCAUUGCCAUCCCUUGAAGCGCUACUCGACGGCGUUGCAGAAUCCUGUUUUGAAGCAUCACAUGCGCAGGAAUUGUAUCUCUUAGCGAAGAAGACGAAGGCCGUCUUGCAUGCCGAGGCCGUAGGCAUCGAACGCUCCAGAUCCAAGGACAGCCACUUUAUUUGCUCGGAUAGAUACUUCAUCGAAGGCCUGCAAUGCUCCACCACCAUCGGUAUCAAUCUAUGUGAAAGGGAGGUGAAGCAAGCUGUCCAUUUCCACCUCUCAAUGUCCAGGUCGCCCUCAGACUCGAGGCCGGUUAAUCUCCGUCAAUUGACGCACCAAAUACACCAAGCUAUAGAAGAUUCAUCAUUUUUUACCUUGGAGGCAUUAGCAUCACACGUGGCGCGCACUGUUCUGCAGUCAUGCCAGCAAAACAUCGAUAGGGUGACCGUUCGGGGGCAAAAGCCGAACGCUCUGCUCUAUGCUAAAUCUUCCGAAGUAGAAAUCUCGCGGACGUUAGCUGACUUCCAGCAGGAGAUCAAUUCUAUCUCCGUCGAUAGGGAAGAAACUUCAGUUGCGCCUGACCUGUUUGCCACGAGACCAGGCAUGUACACUGUCGCCAUCGCAUUAGGGUCUAACCUUGGAGACCGAUUUGCCAACAUUGAGCUGGCUUUGCGACUUCUGGAGACGUCCGACAUCUUCGAUCCACAAACCAUCCCCAACCUAGUCGAUGAUCCGCAGAUAUCAAUUAUAGACACCAGCUUCAUGUAUGAAACAGCGCCAAUGUAUGUGACCGAUCAACCAGAUUUUAUCAACUGUGCAUGCCUCAUCGAGACAAAUAUUAGGCCUGAAAGUCUCUUGGCUGUGCUCAAGUGGAUCGAAAAAGCGGUGGGCCGGGUCCCGUCUAUACGGAACGGACCCAGAGCCGUUGAUCUGGACAUCUUGACUUAUGGUUCCGAAAUCAUCGAUACUAGACCGACAGAAGCAAGGGGAGAUCUCAGCAACCUUGAUGGCCAGUUAGUCGUCCCCCAUCCUCGUAUCGCGGAACGUGAGUUCGUUCUGAGGCCACUUGCAGAUAUGAUACCAGACUACAUAUUGCCCGAGUCUGGUAAAUCAGUCGGACGCAUGCUGGACGAGCUGGAAGCCUCCGAACACGAGGACGCGUCUGCCAUGUACAGAGUCAUACCCUUCCCCAAAUACCCGAUAUCGGAGAGCCGACCCGCUACUCCCUCAUCUCCGGGUGGAUUCAGACUACCUGUGGUCCCCGCUACCGCAAAAUACUGGAAGCACCCAUGCAAGCACCGCAAAACUACAAAUCGUGGUCAUACAAAGACUUACAUAAUGGCGACGCUGAACGUGACUCCCGAUUCAUUCUCGGAUGGGUCCAAGCAUAACACGCUCGAUGCCGCUCUGAAAUACACAACGUCCUCUGUACAAGCUGGAAUGGAUAUCCUGGACAUCGGUGGAUACUCUACUAGGCCCGGAGCAGCUUACGUAUCCCCGCAGGAGGAGACUGACCGCGUUGUUCCCGUAAUACACGCAAUGCGGACAUUGCGCGCAGAAGAUAUCGAUGGAAAUGCCGUUGAUAUACAGCACCUUAGGAACGCCCUCAUUAGCGUCGACACCUUCCGCCCCGAUGUUGCGGAAGCCGCUGUACGUGCCGGCGCAAACUGUAUAAACGAUGUUUAUGCUUUUGCCGGCCCAGAGUACCCACUAAAUCGGUCCUCGGCAGAGCAUUUCUUGGAAAUGCGAAAAGUCGCGAGGAGUUUGGCAGUACCGGUAAUCCUCAUGCAUUCCAGGGGCGAUGCGGGGACGAACAAGGAUUACUCCAAUUACGACGACGCACAUGAUGACAAGGUGCUCGAAGGUAUUCGGGUAGAACUCGGCGAGAGGGUACGUGCAGCUGUGAGAGGCCCGAGAGGGCUGCGCCGGUGGUUGGUCAUAGUGGACCCUGGAGUUGGAUUUAGCAAACCCGUCGAAGGCAAUUUGGCUGUCCUGCGUGAGGGUGGAAAGAUCGUCUCCGAGUAUCGCGGCCGACGGGGGCGGAACCCUCUUGCCGGAUAUCCACAAUUGAUCGGGACAUCUAGGAAAUCCUUCCUCGGCAAGGUAUUGGAGCGGCCCGAUGCAGAGGGGACAUAUCGGGGACGAUCAACCACCCCGGUGCAAAGAGGUUGGGCUACGGCCGCAGCAGUAAGCAGUGCGGUGCAGCAGGGCGCGACAGUGGUGAGAGUGCAUGAUGUGCUGGAAUUAGGAGACGUUGUUCGGGUUGCGGAUGCGCUCUGGAAGUGA